AGCGAAAGCAGAGCCAGAGAAACGACUGUCGGACAUCAUGAGGCUCCAGUCUGCACUCCUGCUCUUCUGUCUCUUCAGGACAAGCUUCGCUCUCCCGGUGCAGAUUGGAAUUCUUGCGAGCAACAGCAACGAGAUCCUGAGGCUGAACGGACUGACCCUGGCAGCUCUGGGACAAACACAGGCGUCCUCCGUAUUACCGCAGUACGUGCUGCAGCAGCAGCAGCCGGAGGUGCUGCUCACUCCACAGGUGGUGAACCUGAACCCUCAGAUGGCCGGUCCCUUCGGCCCCCAGGGGCCCCAGCUGUUUCUGCCCGCCCAGGGCAACCAGCUCACGCCUCUGCUCGUCCCCAAUGGCCAGCAAGACCAGCUCGGACCUCCGCAGGACCCCAACGCUCCGAAUGUCCCCCAGACGGCCCAAAACCCUGUCCAGAUGUUUCCACAUUUCCAGUAUGGCUCUUAUGGAUUUCCUCAGUUUCCCAGACAGCAGGGCUUCCCGUACUUUGUGCCCUCUUACGGUUAUCCUCAGCAGAGGAACACUGCGGCGCUGCAGCCCAACAACGGCCAGCAAACCCUGGAGAGGAGCACGCAGAGACCACAGCUCCCCCUGCAGCAGGCGUCCCAGCCCAAGCUGCAAACAGAGAAGACGUGGCCGGUGGGGACGCAGAAAGAGUCGACCACAGUCCCUCCUGAUCCUCGCGGGGACACAUCUGGUCCAGGUGUUGACGAGGCUCAAUCCAACUUCCCCUUCCUGUUUGAGCCUUAGAGCUCGGUUUGGGGAGACGUUCGGCCACAGUCGCUCAUUCUCCUGCUCGACUGGGUGAAUCUUUUGAACGCAACUUCUUUGUACUCCAUUCUUUUUACUUUACAUGAAACGCUCCUCGCUUUCAUAACAUGUCGAAUAAAAACUUUGCCAAAGUCA